AUGGCUCCCACUUCUGAGACUGCAUCCCCCAUUGGGAUCGCCAACCUUCCAAACCAGCGACACAAGAUCGUCGCAAAGCGAGGGGCGGCGUUUACUAUUAUGGUCGCUGGAGAGUCAGGAUUAGGAAAGACAACAUUCAUCAAUACGCUUUUCUCGACCACAAUCAAGAACUAUGCCGAUCAUAAACGACGACAUCAAAAACAAAUUGACAAAACCGUCGAAAUCGAAAUUACUAAGGCCGAGCUGGAAGAAAAGUUCUUCAAAGUUCGAUUAACUGUCAUUGAUACGCCCGGUUUCGGAGACUACGUUAACAAUCGCGACUCGUGGAUGCCAAUUAUUGAAUUUCUGGAUGACCAACACGAAUCCUACAUGUUGCAGGAGCAGCAGCCACGCCGUACCGAUAAGAUCGAUCUUCGUGUUCAUGCGUGCCUUUAUUUCAUCCGCCCCACCGGACACACCCUCAAGCCUCUUGAUAUUGAAGUUAUGAAACGCUUGAGUUCUCGUGUCAACUUGAUCCCAGUCGUUGCUAAGGCCGAUACCUUGACUCCCUCAGAUCUUGCGCGUUUCAAGCAACGGAUUCGCGCUGUGAUUGAAGCUCAAGGCAUCAAGAUUUACCAACCACCUGUCGAAGAAGAUGACGAGCAGGCAGCCCAACAUGCACGUAGUUUAAUGGCAGCGAUGCCUUUCGCCGUGAUUGGAUCUGAAAAAGAUGUAAAGGCGGCGGACGGCCACAUUGUAAAGGGCCGCCAGUACGCUUGGGGCGUUGCGGAGGUGGAGAAUGAAGAACAUUGCGAUUUCAAAAAACUCCGCUCGAUCCUUAUUCGAACACAUAUGCUGGAUCUGAUCCACACCACUGAAGAGCAACACUAUGAGGCCUACCGUGCGCAGCAAAUGGAGACGAGGAAAUUUGGGGAAGCACGGCCAAGAAAACUGGACAAUCCCAAGUUCAAGGAAGAGGAAGAUGCUCUCAGAAAAAGAUUCACAGAGCAAGUCAAGAUCGAAGAACAGAGGUUCCGUCAAUGGGAACAAAAACUCAUUGCAGAGAGAGAUCGUCUGAACAAAGAUUUGGAAAGCACUCAUGCGGCUAUCAAACAGCUGGAGCAGGAACUCGAGCAGAUGCAGGGCUCUGCUGUUCGCAGCCAUGGCCGUCGUUAA